AUGAAUGGUCUCUACUUUAGCUACAGCGCCAGUAUUAGCGUAUGCGAGAAUUGCGGGCAGUGGCAGAGGUCUUUGGUGCUGCUCCACGAGAUGUGGGAGGGGAAGUUGCUUCCGAAUGUCAUUGUUUACAACGCUGGGAUCAGCUCUUGUGAGAAGGGCGGUCAGUGGCACUGGGCUUUGGUGCUUCUCAGCGAGAUGUGGGAGACGAAGUUGGAACCCGACGCCAUCUCAGCUACAGCGCUGGGAUCGUCGCGUGCCAGAACGGCGAGCAGUGGCAACGGGCUCUGGUUCUGCUCAGCGAGAUGUCAGGGGCAAACGUGGAUCCUAGCGCCACCAGCUACAGCGCUGGGACCAGCGCGUGUGAGCAAGGCGGGCAGUGGGAGCAGGCAGUGUCGUUGCUAA